AGUAAAUUCCUAGGGGUGGUGGUGGUAGGGAGGAUAAGGUGCUGGGAACUGGCUGUCUUCCUUCUAAGUUCUACUCAGUAGUUAGAUUAGGGGCGAUAGUAUGAAUGUUGGUGUAUUUUUUCCGUAAAUACAAAUCACUAUACAAAUAGAGCUGGUGACGAAGCGUUAUUAUAACUGCAAGUAAAGGAACGUUUGUGUUUAGAAACAGUUUCAGUCUCAGAAAAUGUUGGUUGGUUUAUUAGGAAGAAACAAUAUGACUUUAACAAAGAUAAUUUUUAACAAAGUCCAAUUAAGUUUGAGGGGAACAGUACGGUUAUUAGCAACUGUUCCUGAAUCAUCAAAAGCACCUGGCAGAGUUCAUGGUGGAUAUAAUUUUGAACUCACUGAUGAACAGAAAGAAUACCAAGCUCUAUCUAGGAAGUUUGCCCGAGAAGAGGUCAUUCCUGUUGCUCGUCAUUAUGAUGAAACUGGAGAAUACCCAGUUGAAAUACUAAAAAAAGCAUGGAAAUUAGGACUAAUGAAUCAUGGGAUUCCAGAAAAGUAUGGUGGUGCUGGGCUGUCCCAUCUUGGCGGUUGCCUUAUAACAGAAGAAUUGGCAUAUGGCUGUACAGGGAUUGCAACAGCAAUGGAAGCUAAUAAUUUGGGUCAAGCCCCUGUAAUUCUUGCAGGAAAUGAAGAACAAAAGAAAAAAUACUUAACAAGACUCGUAGAAGAGCCUUUAAUGUGUGCCUACUGUGUUACAGAACCAGGAGCAGGCUCUGAUGUUGCAGGAAUAAAGACCAAAGUUGAAAAAAAAGGUGACCGAUGGAUUCUCAAUGGCCAGAAAAUGUGGAUAACUAAUGGUGGAAAGGCUAACUGGUACUUUGUGUUAGCUCGAAGCAAUCCAGAUCCCAAGUGCCCUGCUAAUAAAUCCUUAACAGCCUUUAUUGUAGAUGCUGACCUACCUGGGGUGUCUGUUGGACGGAAAGAACAGAACAUGGGACAAAGAACUUCUGACACUCGAGGUGUUGUGUUUGAAGAUGUUGAAGUGCCAAAUGAGAACGUUUUGUUAGGAGAAGGAGCUGGUUUUAAGAUUGCCAUGGGUGCUUUUGAUAAGACUAGACCUCCUGUGGCAGCAGGUGCAACAGGUCUUGCUCAGAGAGCCCUUGAUGAGGCUACUAAAUACUCUCUGGAGCGUAAGACAUUUGGUAAAUUCAUAUCUGAGCACCAAGCAGUCCAGUUUAUGUUGGCUGAGAUGACUAUUGGAGUAGAAACAUCCCGCUUGGCAUACUUAAGGGCAGCCUGGGAGAUCGACCAAGGUAGAAGGAACACAUAUUGGGCUUCAAUAGCCAAAGCUUUGGCUAGUGAUGUGGCUAACAAGUGUGCUACUGAUGCAGUACAGAUAUUUGGUGGAAAUGGCUUCAAUUGUGAUUAUCCAGUGGAGAAACUAAUGCGUGAUGCCAAAAUCUAUCAGAUAUAUGAGGGGACCUCCCAGAUUCAGCGAGUAAUUAUCAGUAGGGAGCACCUUAAAAAAUUUAAAGAGAUCGUAUGAAGACAGAAGGAAGAACAUGAAUUCAUUGCAAGGUUACACAGUCUAUAUUUUUUUAACAUACAGUCUCACUUACCGAUGUACUUGAUUUCUUGUAUUGUGAAAAAAGAAACCUAUUUUUAGAAUUGGUACUAAGUGUUUAAAUAAAAUGUUAUGCAUUGA